GAAAAUAUACUGUAAGCUUCAGUUCUAUGGGAACAUAGUCCAGUGCCGGGUGUGUUGUGAUUACCAUACGCAAGUUUUUUAAUAACAUUCAAAACCAAAAAAAUGGUGGCCUUUUCCGAUCUUCUUUCCUAUGACAAUGUUGUCUUUAGAUCCUAUGUGUUCUGGUCAACGGUUUUAAUUAUGAAAACUCUGGCUAUGGCCUUUCUAACUGGACGUCAGCGUUUCAAAAAUAAGGUUUUUGCCAACCCAGAAGAUGCUGGAAAAUAUAAGGCUAAGGUCAAGUUUGACGAUCCUGACGUGGAACGUGUGAGAAGGGCUCAUCGCAAUGAUUUGGAAAAUGUCUUCCCAUUCAUCCUUGUUGCAUUCUUCUAUGUUCUGACAAAUCCUGAAGCAGCCCUUGCUAUCAAUCUCUUCAGAGCUGCAGCAGUCGCAAGGAUAGUCCAUACCCUUGUCUACGCAGUUUUCGUUGUUCCCCAACCAGCCAGAGGAUUGGCAUUUUUCGUAUGCUUGGGAUCUACAUUGUACAUGGCUUUUAAAACUUUAGUGUAUUUCGCAUAAAGAAUCAGCGGAUUUUCUAUUCCA